CUGAUUGGACGAGUGGAGCGCAGUGGUUCCGGGAACCCGCCGAUCGCUGAUUAGACGGGCAUUAUUGUGUCGAGCGCGUAGCGAACCGCAGUGAAAAUCGCCGAUUUUUCGCCACGCUAUUGGCCAGAGCGAACGAACCCCAAUCCGCCAGACCCGCCAAUCAGAGUGCGUUUUUUCCGGGUGCGGAAUGGUGAGCCACUUGCCGGCGCAGCAGGGUGAUAAUUUGACAAAAGCCGUCAAGGUCGAGCAGGAAAUCUGCACCAAUGCCGAUCCCGAUGGCGUUCAGUUGCUUAAUUUUGGUGAAGAUGAUCAAAUGGAGAUACAAGGGUUUACCUUCAGUGAGUUGAGGGCGCGGCUGUGCCUCAUUUUCCAUGUGGCAACGCUGGGGAUUUUGCGGCUAAUUUUCCACUGGUACCCGAUCGUGCACCUGAAGUCCACCCACCGCCGGUGCAGUUUGUCCGUGGCCCAAAAGGCGCUGAU